CGCGCCGGAGGACGAAUUAAUUCCAACGGAUCCCUCGCAGUCAGAUGUUUCGCGUUGUCGCACGACGGCUCGCGAGUUCCGUUUCGGCCGGCGGUCGCGCGCGCUCGCGUCCCGCCGUGGUGAUACGUCAGCCGUGCGCUUAUCUCGUCCAGCCAGACGUCCGUCGACGUCGACCCGACGCGCUUCUACCGCACGCUUCCCCACGGGGUCACGCACGCACCCGAACGUCGCCGAGUCCCACGUUCGUCAUUCCACGCAACCUAACCUCACUCCGUGACACCGUAGCGCUCGAGGUCCGUCGCUCUCCAAAGAUCUUCCCCGCAGCGGGGGCGGAUGACAGCGGCCGAUUCCACGUGUACGCCCGCGAUGCGACUCUACGAGACUGCUCUCACGCGAGAUUCCGGCCUGUGAGCGAGUCGACGAGACGACGAGCGGAGUCUCGCGGUUGGCGAGGAGGAGUCCGCCUCACCGUCGUACGGGAAAAGUGUAGCGCGAGUGCGAGGGGGAAUUUUCAACACCUGUCCGUUUGCAAAUAACACUGGGCUAUAUGGUAAGGAUGAGCAGAAAGACCAACAGUGCGACGGCGAGGUUGAAACAGGACUAUCUGCGGCUUAAGAAAGACCCGGUGCCGUACGUCCUUGCGGAGCCAGUGCCUUCGAACAUCUUAGAAUGGCAUUACGUGGUCAUAGGGCCGGAAAAGACGCCGUACGAGGGCGGCUUUUAUCAUGGAAAGCUCAUAUUCCCCGGGGAGUUUCCAUUCCAGCCUCCUAGCAUUUACAUGAUUACUCCCAACGGCCGAUUUAAAACCAACACGAGACUGUGCCUGUCCAUCUCCGAUUUUCAUCCGGACACGUGGAAUCCAGCGUGGAGCGUAUCUACCAUCCUCACCGGCUUGCUCAGUUUUAUGAUCGAGAAGAGUCCCACGCUCGGCAGUAUUAAUACGACGGACUACGAGAAGAGACUGCUGGCUGCGCAAAGCUUAGAAUAUAAUCUGAGGGAUAAGAUAUUCUGCGAGCUCUUUCCAGAAACUGUCGAGGCGAUCAGAGCGGAGCUGGAACGUCGGAAAGAACUUGAGAAGCAAGCGAGGCAUCAGUCCACCACGUCCGAGGUCUCUUCGUUGAUACGGGACCAGUUCCAGCGAGAACAGAGCCCACUGCACAGCGCGCUGGCGAAUCUCGUCGUCAUCAUCAGCUUCGCGGCGUUCGCGUACACGGUCAACUACGUGCUGAAGAGCAUAGCCAUGGAAUAAGUCGGAAUCGAGCUGUGUAUUUCAAGGUACAACGAGUACGAAGAGGAGAGCAGGAGAGAGAGAGAGCCGUGUAUCCUGGAAAAAACAAGGACUAGAAGGAAAGAUGAGACAUGGGCUCCUGCCUAUCGAGCAAUCUUUCGAGUUCGUGCGGACGAGCGCCAUUUCGGUUCCACGCGGCUUGGAACCUCCGCCAGUAAACUGUGGAUAGUUUCGUAGAUUUUUAUAUCGAGGGUCGAUUGUAAGAUACAAGUUGUAUUAUAUUCGCAAAUUCUGCGCGCUCUUAGCCAUUUAAGGAGAGAUUGCGAUCCGUAAUCUCUCCGGAUUCGCGUGAAACACGCGCGCAAGAUGAAAACAACGUAUAAUCGCAGUGGCUUCCCUGCCUUUCUUCUCAUACCGGACUUGUUCUCUCCUGGCCGUAACUUGCAACUAGGGAAACCAAGUUUCUUCUUUGCAGCGCUAACAUCCUUCCGUUCGUUGAAUUUUUCUACGCUUUUACGAUUAAUUGUAUUCAGAUGCGUCCCAGAGAGAUGUGUGUGUGUUUCAAGACACGUUUGUCUAGCUCCGUUUACACAAAGUCUCUCUGAUAGAAAUGCACAAAUUUAUCGCACUUUGCAACGUGCCAAUUCAAACUAAAUCCAAAAUUGAAAAAAUGCAAUUUCGGCAAAUCCGAUUAUGCUUCGCAGCCUUAGCUUGUUUCAUGAACGGCACGGUCGACUCGUCUCGUUCAUGGAACGAGUCCAUUUUGUAAAUAUAUUAUAAGGACGGAGGCGUUAUAGAGAUGUGGUAGGUGCCUCUACGCCAUUAACAUGAAAAGAAAAAAAAACACGAGUGUAACUAUAUCAGCGAUCAUCUCGACUUCCUCUUAAAAAUUGUUCGAUUAAUACGUUUCUCGUUUGUGCCGAUUGUUAUAGAAAUGGCUCGUAGUUUAUUUCUUCGUGAAUUUCUUCCACCGGAAUCCGGCGCUUCUUCCUCAAUUGACACGAAAAGAAUACGUUUACAAUUCAAGUAAAUCUCCAUUCUUCCAUGACUGGUUAUGUAAUAUCGAAAGGAAAAUAAUAAUUUUGCGUAAUUUCUACAAAGGAAAAGGCUAAACUACAAUUUGAACGUGUGGAAAGUAGAGUACUUUUUUUGUUUUUACAAUACAUCGAUAAUCUCUACCAACAAUCUUUGUCAAAUGGUAGGAUAGUUGUUUAAUACACAUGAUGUUACUUUUUAUCGGAAUUUACUUCAUUAUUGUAUUCUUAUUUAAUUUCUACGGGCCAUGGAUUUUUUAUUUUAUUAUAUAUAUAUUCUUUCGAAAGUGUUUAGGCAAUUUCACGAUUUAUGCUUAUACAUAUUCUAUUCCGCCGUCGAAUGUAUAAACAUAUAUGCGUAAUUAUGAAAUAAUUACGGCGAAAUAAUGUAAAUAUCUGCAUGUUAUUAUUACUGUAAGCGUGUGGAAUAUAGUUUACUUACUUGAAAAA